AUUUAGGUUUUAUGAGAAUUGCAAUUGAACAAGCAAAUCUCUCUAAUCCAAUUCCAACAGCAUACUGUGUUGGUGCGGUAAUAGUAAAGAAUGGAAUAGUUCUUUCUACAGGAUACUCACGUGAACUGCCUGGAAAUACACAUGCUGAAGAGUGUGCAUUAAAGAAAUUAUCAGAUCCAUUACAAGCCAAGAAUUCAACAAUUUUUACAACCAUGGAGCCGUGUAGUAAAAGAUUAUCAGGUAAUAAACCAUGCAUUGAAAGGAUUAUUGAAAGCAAAAUCUCAAGAGUUGUAUUGGGCAUUAAAGAACCUGAUAAAUUUGUUAAAUGUGAAGGAAUUGAUAUUUUAAAAAAAAAUGGAAUUGAGGUUAAUGUUGUUGAAGAGUUAGAAGAUGAAUGUUUGAAAUGUAAUAAUCAUCUUUUUGAAAAUAAUAAAUAA